AUGGAUCCCGAAAGGGGAGCCAAAAAGAAGACGCAGAGGAAACGCACAGGAGAAGUGACGACCUCGGAAAGUAGUGGUGGAGAAUCCGAGGCUGAAAAAGUCUCGAGAUCGAAACCAGAGAAGAAGGGGCCGCUCUCAGAGGAGGAGAGGGCUAAAAGGCCAAUCAGUCCAUUGGUGACGGAUUGGAGCCUUCCCUUGCCGAAGGACAGGCCAGGCCAAGGGGCCGAAAGGUCCUCAGAGAAUCUAGCCUCGCGAAUAGCAAUGCUGAGAAUCUUCGCUGAGGAAGCGAAGAGGCUAGAAGAGCAGGAUUGCACAGUGUGCACGUGGUGGAUAACCCCGUGCAAUGGACAAAACGUUGGACGAGUUAGUGCAGAAGGUGGUAAAGACCGCCGAAGAAGCACAAGCAGAGAGAGAGAGCUCACGACUGAGGAGCUGGCCGAAAUGGCUUUGCUGCUCGGGGAAGAGGAAGACGAGCCCCCAUCGCCCGUCUUCGAGCCUCUGGAGAGGAUGGAGGUGCACCCCAUGGAGGUGGAGGUGUCUACCACGGCACCUUCUCCCCUGGUGGACGAGACUCGGGUGAAAAAUCCCGAGGAGAGUGCAGCUCCAAAGGCAACGCCGGAGGAGGAGCUGGUGAGGAGUUUGGUGGCGACGUUGUCGGCCAACCCUGGGUUGCUGGCGGCUGUGUUUGCACAGCUGCCACCUGUCAACCUGGGGCCCUCGACGUCAGCGAUGCCUCCACCAGCACCAGUAGUAAGGGCGGAGGAGACGGCCGGACCCUGGGAAAGGAAGACGGGGCGAAAAACCCUCGUCAAACCUCCCCCCAGGAGAUCAGAGACCCCCCUCCCAAAGCCCGAAGCCGAGGAGCAGAGCUUCAAAGCUAAGGGACGAGGGAUAAAGGGAGCGGCGAAAGAGGUGGUGCCGCAAGGCUACACUGGGCAGGGCACCGGGGCAGGGACGAGGCGCACCUACGCCGAAGUCCUGCACGGAAAGAAGCCGGAGAGCUCAGGGCCGAAAGGCUCUGAGAGGAAAAUUCCCCCAGCCGCAGCGCUGAAGCCCGAGGCCAAAGAGGCGACCUCCGAGGCCAAGGGCUACACUGGGCAGGGCACCGGGGCAGGGACGAGGCGCACCUACGCCGAAGUCCUGCACGGAAAGAAGCCGGAGAGCUCAGGGCCGAAAGGCUCUGAGAGGAAAAUUCCCCCAGCCGCAGCGCUGAAGCCCGAGGCCAAAGAGGCGACCUCCGAGGCCAAGGGCAAACUCCCUUCAACAGGGAGGAGGAAGGGGAAGAGGUCAGGGGCGCAAAACCCUGAAGGAAAGGACCCCGAAGCGGAGGCACGGAGCAUUCACCUCCAAAUACUCCAGCACGGGGGGGAAGGACCCACAGAGGCGGUUGGGGCGAAAAUCCUCAAGCGUAAGGCCUGUGAAGACGAGACGAUGGAUACAACAUCCCCUCUCGUCGACGACGAAACCUCCAGGCCGGAGGAGAAGAGGAGGAAACUCCCGCAAUCCCUCAUUCCAGCACGCCUGUGCUGGAACUGUCGGAAAACGGGACAUAAGGGCAGAGAUUGUCCGGAGGCACGAAGGCCCCACUGCCGAAGGUGCGGCAUCCCAUGCAGCGAGGAAUUUUGUGCCUCCUGCACCAAAAAAUGGGAAGCCAUGGGCCCAUGGGUGCCUGAAUUCGGGCAGAAUGUGCCUCGAGACACCCUCAAACUGCUGAGGAAGCAGCAGAAGGCGGACGCCAAAGCGAGGGCGAAACCACGCCCUCCCAGGCGAGCCCCGGAGGCCGGAAGGCCCUUCCAGAGGGGGCCGGGUUAUGUGGCCCAAGGAGAGCACGGGAAAGGACCUCGGUUCAUUUCCCUGCAACCGAGGAAGCCGGCAAAACCGGGUAAGAUCGCCCGGACGGAGCGGAGAGCGAGGGAGAGAGCUGAAAAGCUCGCUCACGCUCAGCCGAUGGAGGAGGAUGAACUCCCAAAGGCUGAGGGGACCGAGAGCGAGGACUCCGCCUGA